AUGUCUGCCAAACACUUUACCAGACCCUUCAAUGGUGUCUGGAGAUGCCACUUCUCUUCGGCGCCGUGGAGGAGGACGGCCAGUAACAGAGGUGAUGGCCGAACCGCUUCCGCUUCCGCUGCCGCUACCGCUGCUCGACAACUUCCGAGGUGGUCCGGCCGUUCCGUAUUUGCCCUCUCGGCAACGGCUGGCCUUCUGGGAUUCGGCCUUGCUGCAUCUGGGCUAGAGGGGCCUCCAAAGCGCACUGUCGUGCUGUUCGACACAAAGAUCACGUCGCCCAAUUACGCAUCUUUGGAUGAACUGGAAGCGGCAUUGCGGGAGAUCCGACGCGAGAUUGGCAUGGAUGAGGACAUUAUCUCGGUUGAUCCGGAGGAUCUGCACGCGCAUGGGUACUCGGAGUGGUCGACGACAAACCCGGACGGUCUUCCGGUUGCCGUGGCCUAUCCCCGAUCUACAGAGCAGGUCUCCAUUAUUGCCCGCGUCUGUCACAAGUAUCGUGUUCCCAUUAUCCCGUACUCCGGUGGUUCAAGUCUGGAAGGCAAUUUCUCAGCACCGUACGGUGGCAUCAGCGUCGACUUUGCCUAUAUGGACCAGAUCAUCCAGUUCAAUAGAGAGGAUAUGGACAUCAUUGUCCAGCCCAGCAUCGGAUGGCAGGACUUGAAUGAGAACCUGUCCAAGAUGGGCAGUGGGCUCUUCUUUCCCGUUGAUCCCGGCCCGAGUGCUAAGAUAGGUGGCAUGAUCGGGACGAACUGCUCAGGGACUAAUGCAGUCAAGUAUGGAACGAUGAAGGACUGGGUCGUCAAUCUGACGGUCGUGCUGGCAGACGGCACCGUCAUAAAGACUCGUCGGAGGCCCAGAAAAUCUUCCGCUGGGUACAACCUCAACGGCAUUUUUGUCGGCUCAGAAGGAACUUUGGGUCUAGUUACCGAAGCAACCCUUAAGCUCGCUGUCAUUCCGGAAGAUUUCUCCGUCGCCGUAGUCACGUUUCCCACCAUCCGAGACGCCGCUUCUGCGGCAGCCGAGGUGAUGCAAACCGGCGUACCUGUUGCUGCCAUGGAGAUCAUGGACGAGGUUCAGAUGAAGGUGGUGAAUUUGGGAGGAGCAACGGCGCCACGAGUAUGGAAAGAAACGCCCACUUUGUUCUUCAAAUUCUCAGGGACCAAGGCUGGAGUGAAGGAGAAUAUUGGCGUCGUACAGAAAAUUACCAAGAGCCACAAGGGAGGCACCUUCGAAUUUGCCAAGGAUCAGAACGAGCAGAGGCUUUUAUGGUCUGCUCGGAAGGAAUCCUUGUGGUCAAUGCUUGCACUGAGAAAAGAGGGAGAGGAAGUUUGGAGUACCGAUGUUGCUGUGCCCUUCAGCCGUCUUGCAGACAUUAUCGAAGUCAGCAAGAAGGAGAUGGAUGACCUGGGUCUAUUCGCGAGCAUCCUGGGCCAUAUCGGAGACGGCAACUUCCACGAGAGCAUCAUCUAUAACCGACAGAAGCCCGAGGAGCGGAAGAAGGUUGAGAUUUGCGUUGAUAACAUGGUGAAACGGGCGCUGGAUAUGGAAGGCACAUGUACUGGCGAGCACUCGAUCGGCUGGGGGAAGAAGGAGUCGCUGCUUUUGGAGGUUGGGCCCGAGACCUUGGCUGUCAUGCGCCAGAUUAAGCAGGCUCUGGAUCCGUUAUGGAUCAUGAACCCUGGCAAGAUCAUGGAUUUGCCAUAA